CUUUUCCGGCGGCAUGGCAGCUCCGUCCGGCCCAAGAUUGGCUCGACCGGUUGAAGGGUGGGAGGGGCAGUAGCCGUGUGACACGUGGUUUUCCCACGCCCGCGCCCACGCCCAGGCCUACUUCCGGUCCAUCGAUGCAACGCCCGGGACGACAUCCGCGCUCGUCACUUCUCCCCUUCUCACCACUGCACCCCACGCCCUCUCGCCCACCAUGAACGACGCCCUCGAUGCGGCCACGGGUUCCACCUCCGCCCUCUCCUCGGACCCAGCUCGCCCCUCAUUCUUCGAGCUCAUCGCUCAAGACCAACUGCGCUCCCUCCUCUCCCCCGCCGUCCGCUACACCCUCUCCGUCCUCGCGCAGCGUUACCCGCGCUACCUCUUGCGUGUAUUCAAUCGAUUCGACGAGGUGUGGGCCCUCCUCAUGUUCGGGGUGGAGAGACACUACCUCAGAACGUGGGGGGCUAGCUUUGCUGAGAACUUCUACAUGCUGAGGCGGAGAGCAAGACCUGGGUUGACGGGGGCACGAUUGCCUCCGCGCAGACACAAGGAGCGAUUGAGCGAGUGGCAGAUCUAUGCUAGCUUGUUCUUCCUUGUGGGACUACCCUACAUCCAAGCAAAGGCGCACGACUGGUGGGAACGCAACGGCGGAGGGGUGGACGAAGACCUCUUUGACGACGAUGGCGCACAAGCAGAGCAUGACGACGGCAGCAGCACGGGGCCACGCUUUACGGGCUCCUUCGACUCCACCUCAUCCCAUGCAACGCUGCGCAGCCGCAUCUCUUCCCUCCUCUCCUCCCUCAAACCACGCGCAGUCCGCGCCUACCCCUAUGCCAGCUCGUGGUGGCACCUCUUCCUCCUAACCUACAACGUCCGCUACCUCUUCGCGCGCACCCCCUUCUGGCGUCCAUGGCUCUCCCUCCUCAACCUAGAGAUACGCCGUGUAGCCCCAGGAGACUAUCCCGCCUCCAUCCCCCUACUACCCCCCGACCUGCCCAAUCCGUUGAGGAGCCCGCGCGAUUUUACCUUCAGGAUGAUAAGGGCGGGUCCUUACAUGGCUGCGGAGAGUUUGAAGUACCUUCUCCCGGCGAGCAUCUUUGCGUUCAAGUUCUUGGAAUGGUGGUACUCGAGCGAGAAUACGCAGAGACGCGGUGGUGGUGGUGGUGGAUCGGGGCAAAGCAGUGGAGGAGAGGGUGGGAUAACCCCGCGCUUCGGUGCUCCAGCCGUGCUGAUGCCUAGCCUCAAGGGGGUCCUCUAUCGUCGUGAGGAGGGGUACAAGGCGCCCGAAGUCACUGUGGAGAUGUCCGACGAUAACGACGGCGCGGCAGCGCUCCUGCACAACAGCUGCCCACUCUGCGGCACCACUCCGAUGAACAACCCGGCCCUCCUCCCCACAGGCUACGCCUUCUGCUACACGUGCGCGAAUCGAUACGUUGAGGAACACGGCCGAUGCCCCGUCACGAGGAUGGUAUUGAGGGAUGGGACGGAUGGGAUUCGUAGGGUGCUCGGGUGAGAGCACAGCAGAGCGCAUAGAGCAAAGAAACUACAGAGUUGAGUGCUCGUUUCAGGUGGGCAGGAAAUGCUGCGAAGGCGUAUGGAUGUCUGGGCCGCGAAAGAAGUGCAGACCAGCCAGGAUUGAGCAGCCUAGGGUUAUGCUGGCUGUGAGGAGGAAGAUGAGCGCCCAGACUGCCGCGCG